AUGAAGCCUAAUUGGUACUUGGAUAAAGAUCAUAUAAUCGAACGGUACGCGAGUGCUGCAAAACGAAGGAGAGGGGGAAAUAGGGGGGAAAUAAUGAAGUGGAAGAGCCAAUUAGAAAAGAGUCCUUCUUUAAGUCGGCGCUACGCAUCUUUAAAGACUCUGAAGUAG